UGGAGUGGUGAUGCUGGAACGUGAUUCUAAAAUCAGGACUUCCUUCAAAUGCUAUCUGAAGCGAUCGAGGCAGAUAUUCCGAUAGGCAACUACAAUUCUAACAAAGUUUCUUCGUUUUCUUUGCAUUUGCGGUUGUCGGGUUUGAAACAGAUCACUGAGAAAGUAAAAUUGCAUGACUGCAUACAUUCUACAAACCUUCAAAAGUAAUUUCUAAGUCACUUCUGAAGUUCUGUUCAGUACUGAUGCUCAAGUUGACCAGCCUGUACAAUCUGAAGCUGUGGAAACUCACUGUGUAGAGCCUGCUGCAUGCCAAGUCGCUGAUCGUGAGUUUAUCACCCUACUGUCACUGUGCAGGCCAACGUCUUUGGGAAUGUUCGGACAGGUUCACUUCACGGAAGACGAGCACUCUGCCAUCCAGAGUGCACUCGAGAAGAAGCUAGGUUCAGAGUACAUAAGCCAGCGGUCUGGUGCCGGGGGCCAGAAACUCGCCUAUAUCGAGGGCUGGCGUGUGAUCGCGUUGGCGAACGAGACGUUUGGAUUCAACGGCUGGUCGCACUCCGUGACUCACCAGAACAUUGAUUUUGUGGACUUGCAGGGCGGAAAGUACUACGUGGGAGUCAGCGCCUUUGUUAAAGUGCAGUUAAAGGACGGUGUGUACCAUGAGGACGUUGGCUAUGGCGUGUCGGAGGGCAUGCGCUCCAAGGCACUCUCCAUCGAGAAGGCCAGGAAGGAGGCAGUCACGGACGGGCUCAAGCGGGCCAUGAAGAAUUUUGGCAAUUCGAUGGGCAACUGCAUAAGUAGCCGCGACUAUUUGAAAUUCAUCCAGCGCAUGCUCAAGGGAACCGGUGCGGCGGAUGCAUCAACUAACCUAACCGAGAGCGAUCUCCGGCAUCCGGGUGAGUUCAUCAAGCCUGUUGGCAGGAUGUCACCGUACGUUGCCGAGUCGUCAUCGCUGGUCGUCAGCACGGUGGCCGCGGCCAGUGACGAGAAUGCCGUGCCUCUGGCCAGCAGCACCCCGCAGCGCAGCCACCAGCAGGCCACGCAUACCACCAAUGCUGCUGCUGCACGCCGGUCUCACGGCGGUGGUGGAGAGCCGGCGCCUAAACGGCCUGCGUCAGCGGUCCACACGCCCGUCACUAGCAAAACUAACAACACGACCACUGCUGUGAGUGCCGGAACCAACGCUUCGUCCAUGUCCCCCAGUCUCGAUUCUGCGUGUGGCAAUGCACCCACUCCGCUCACGGAGUCAAGCAACAAGCCUCGGCCGCUUUCACCGUCGAAAAAACAAAAGCAACAACAGCCACAGAAUCAGCAACCGCAGUACUCAAAGCUAAAACAACCAGAGCAGCAGCAGCAACAACAACAACAGCAGCAGCAGCAACAGCAACAACAACAGCAGCAGCAGCAGCAACAACUACAACAACUACAACAACAACAACAAAAACAGCAGCAGCAGCAACAGAAUCAGCAGCAGUUACGUGCGAUGCAAUUGCAACAACGGCAAUUGCGAGCUCAACAGCUGCGCCAACAACACAGACAACCACAACAGCAGCAGAUACAGCAGCAGCAACUGGUCCAGCCACCACCACCACUGCAGCAACAGCACCAGCGGCGCAGUUCGACAUAUGAAGACCCCCAACUCCGCAAUCCGGGACGUGCAGCGAAAGGCGAAGUGGAACUCGCAGAGAAGCUUGCAGGUGACAUGCUAGGUGCUGACAGUUGCAAUCUCGUUACGGAAGAGGAUGAAGACUUUUGGAGACUCUCACAAAUCGCUACAGAUGUACCUGGUGAUGCAGGCCAGGCUGUUGCACCCGCUCAAGCUGGUGCCAUUGCUCCUCCUGCUGCAUUGAUGACUGGCAUGGGACCGGCUAUUGGCAGGACCAGUGCAGGCGAUGAUGCUCGUCAGAUGAUGAGAUAUGCAAAGCUGCCACGCUGAACCUGCUUAGCUGAAUUAUUGUGCGACCCAUCUAGAUGUCGCAGCUCUUGCUCAUUUGCUGACUCUCUCUCUCUCUCUCUCUCUCUCUCUCUCUCUCUCUCUCUCUCUCUCUCCUCCUCUCUCUCUCUCUCUCUCUCUCUCUCUCUCUCUCUUCCUCCCUCUCUCUCUCCCUCUCCCUCAAGUGGAGGAUGCAGAGCCUGACUUUCACCAAGGUACAUUUAGUAUGUGCAGCAUAACAUCUGUGGGACUGAAAUUCAAAAGAAAACUUUUCAGAAGCAAAUGCCCUCUUCCUUUUAGUCAGCACCACAUGUGUUCCACAUGAACUUCAUUCGAUGCUAUAUUACAGAGCAAGCAUUAUCGAAUGUUACUCCCUCACCUCACUUCCUAAUCACACCACCCAGGGCAUUUAGCCCACCUUUAUCCCGCUAACGGCUUUAUUGAUAAUGUACCGCUGAAUUGUUUCACUGCUUUUUAAAUCCUAGCAUGUCACAUGCAAGACUUAGAUUUUUUGCUGAAGUGUUAAGUUGAACUAUGGAGAAGUUUUAGAAUUGGUAAUCUCGUAUCAUUACCUUAUAUAAGUAAAGGAACCCUGUCGCAGAUAUUUCUGCUGGCAUGCCUCA